UGUUAUCAGUUACUUUGUGUUUGUUUGUGGACGAAAGCAUGCUCUAUGCACACAAUGAUAUUGUCGCUUGGAUGAUUUAACAUUUGGAAAUUUCACUCAUUUGUUUGUUUUUUGUUUUAUUUUGUUAAUAACAGAUUUAUAUUGGACCAAUUGAUGACUGACUGCUUUUAGUGGCAGCAAGCAGGCAGAAAGCAUGUGUGAAUGCAUAAAACCAAGAUGACAUGUAGCAGAGGGGUCCUCUCCUGGGCCUACUUUUUGACCAGAUCCUGGACCUACUCCUGGUCCCGUAAGGCUCUAGGUCUACUUCUAAUGCUCUGUUUGGUGCGCAACUCAUCACAGUGCCCUGAAAGAAAGACGAAUUCCAGCUCGUUAGAGAUUGGAGACGUUGGUGAUUCCAAAGACAUCAUUUGUCAAGUGAAGGAGGAGUGUAAGGUUGCGUGGCUGAAGGAUGGGGAACCACUGCCAUUGGAAGACGGUGGAGAUAUCUUCUGUGAUGUUGAGUGUAACUGCCGAGCUCUGAUUUUCAAAUCCCUUACCUUGGAAGAUGCUGGAAUAUAUACCUGUCAAGGAGUGGAGGGGUGUGAAGGAGACGCCCUGCCGCAAUCGUAUCAUUUGAGAGUUGACAUAGAUGAAGAACCAAAGCCACCUAUCAUCACUUACAACGAGGAGUGCCAGGAUAAGAUUGCAUACCCGGGAGAAGAUGUGACAUUUUGCUGUAUUUGUCAGGUCGGCGCAACCUCCGAAAGCACCUUCGCCUACUGGCUCAACAAGGACGACAUGGUGCCUGAUGACGAAGAGGCAGAAAAACGUGUGAGUUAUGAUCCAGAAGAGGAGUUGGCAUCUUGCAUCACGUUACACAAUGUGAAUCAGUCAGCUGCGGGUAACUACACACUCUACUGCUCUACCAGUGAAGCCAAUAGUUUUAAUACUCUUGUUUUGGAAGUAAAAUCAAGAUGGUGGAUACCUGUUAUCAGCGGGUUGGUAGCAUUCGUCAUGGUUACUACCCUCAUCGGUAUCAUCUACCGGAUCAACAGAGUUGAGAUACGUCUUCUUUUGAAAGAUCAGUUUGGAAAACAAGAAAAAGAUGAUGGUCGACUUUACGAUGCGUAUAUAUCUUACUACUGGUCAGUCAGUGAGAGUUCUGAGAACCCAGACAGAAUCUACGCCUUUGAUCUCAAACAACGCUUGACUAAGCUUGGUUAUAAUGUGUGCCUCGCUGAGACAGACUUUAUUUAUGGCAAUGAAACAUCGGAAGAAAUCAUUGAGUCAUUGACCAGGAGUCGUCGUUACAUCAUUCUUUUGUCUCCACAGUUUCUGACAUACAGGUAUGUGUCACUUGAGACGGAGCAAUGCCUUGACAUCAUCAAGCAGCACAAGAAAGAGAUCAUACCAAUCUUCAUCCGACAGAUCUCACCAGAUGUCAUCAAAUCCUACGUGGCCCUCGACCACAUCAUCAGCACUCACCCACGGCUCGACUGGCAGAUCUUCGAGGACACCCGAUCCCUUGAGGCGCCCAUCAGAACCCACUCGAUGGACAACGGAAACGCGAUCGAGCUGGAAGCCAGCGCAACCAUCCGCAAGGCCCCGAAGCUGAAGAGAGCCGAGAGGCACGUCUGGAGGAUGCUCCGAUUGCAGAUGCCUCCUAUUCCGAGGCAGCGUUCCAGUUCAACGGAGCAGCCGCUUCUGAGUGAAGAGCGUGCUAGUUGGAUCGAAGAUUCGCAGGCCGAUUCUCUGCCUAGGAGAAAACCUGAGAUGAGACAGUCGCCUUGUGUGGUGUGAUGGCAAUUAUUGCAGUUAAAGCCAAUUACAUUACUUGAAGCAAACAAUGAUUUCAUGAGGAAAUCUUUAAAAAUCAACCGUCACCAUAUCAUGGAAGAUCUACAUCUGGUUUAUGUGCAUAAACCUGAGAAAUCAUGAAAUCUAAGAUGAUGACACUGAAGAUCACCAACACAGAUAAGCACAUGUGGGACAGUGUUUUUAUUCUUUGAUUUGAAAAAAAGACAAUGCUGUUGUCCAUUCCUCAACAAAAACUCUGUUUCUGCCACAAUCAUUUUCAACACAUUGUGCAUUUAUCCUUACAAUUUGGUGGUUGUUUUAUUGGAUUCUGUUUGAAUUUUUUUUAAGGUCAUCACCACAGCUGGUAUUUAUGUUUAACCUGGAUCUUUAAAUAGUCUGUUCUGGUCCCCUUUUCAUGAAGAGUGAUAAUCAAACACAACUCAAUGUUCAACGAAUCAGCAGUAUCCAUUGAUCGCUUAUAUGUGACUUUGUUUUAGUUGCGUUUGAAUGCUUCUCUUCUUCAAUGGGCCCUAGAUGUGUUUUUGAUGUAUCAAGAUAUACUUAGGAUGUUUUAUGUAAGCGCAAGUGGAUAGAUUUUUACUCGAGCAUGGUAAAUGACUAUGUGCUCUUUGGACUCCAUGGACCGUAUUCUUUUAUGAUUAAUCUUAACUCAGAGUUGAGAUCAAUCUUAGGAUGUAUUUUUAUUUGAAUCUACUCGUUUUUAUAUACAUGUAUAUCCAAGACUCUUUUUCAGCGAAAUUUCUGCCUUGGCAUAAUGUGCUAUUAUAUUUUGCUUUGAUUUUACAUUGCAACUCGAUUUUUGCCUGAAUUUUCAUCGCAAUUUUUGCCCAAGGCAAAAUGUAUUUAUGUGGUUUUAUCAUUGUUUACCACACAUUUUUAUCAUGAAUGAAACUUUUGUAAUACUUGUAUCAACUCAACUAUGUAACCGAUAAUGUUUUAGAUAGAAGUCUUGAUCAAAUUAAAAGCCUAAUGUCAUAUAUUCUUAAUUGAAAAUUGCAAACCUAGGGAAAUGUCUGUAGUAUUGUUCGUUCUUUUUUAUGCUGUGUAAAUUGAAAGCCUGCCAAUGUAUGUGUCUGACUAGAUAUUGUCCAACUUUGAGUUAAUCUAUGUAUACAUGUAAUUUAUAUCAGAUAGUAAUACAAAAACAAGGCAAAAGCAAUU